AUGGCUCGAAAUUCAGAAAAGGCGCAGUCCAUGCUGUUUCGCUUCCGAGAAGCACAAGCAGCGGACUUGGGAAUUGUCGACGCCGGCCGGUCGCGCCGGCCGAAGCUCAUCACCGAAGUCGAUACCGUACCUGCAUGCGAGAAAUGGAGAGGCCAGGUGAUCAAGGAGAUCUCGCGCAAGUCGUCGCGGAUCCAAGAGUCCGCCCUCAGCGAUUACCAGAUCCGCGACCUCAACGAUGAGCUCAACAAGCUGAUGCGCGAAAAACACAUGUGGGAAGUACAAAUACGAAACUUGGGAGGGCCCAAUUACAUGCGCGGCCGAGCCAAAAUGUACGACGAGCAGGGCCGAGAGAUACCAGGUGGUGGGAAAGGAUACAAAUACUUCGGACGGGCGAAAGAGCUCCCUGGUGUGAAGGAAUUAUUUGAGGCUGCGCAGUCUAAGGCACAGGAUGAAAAACCCCUGGAGGACAGGAAGGAAUUGCGAAAGGUUGUGGAUGCGGCCUAUUACGGUUACGCCCCCAAUGAGGAGGAUGAGGCAUUGCUCGAGUACGAGGCCGAGAAAGAGAAGCUGGCUGUAAAGAACCUCCUCAAAACUGGGGCCCAGGAUGCUCCCGAAGGAUGGGUUUCGUUACCAGGCAAUGCGGGAGAUGGUCGAGCCUGGGAACUACCGACGCUCGAGGAGGUGCAACAAGAACUGAUUGAGCGGCGAAGACAAAAGCUACUUGACCAGCUCGGGUCGUGA